AUGGUACCGCCCCCUCCAACCAACAAGCCCCAUGUGUGCUUGUCUACCAUCCUCAUUAUGAGCAGUAUGGCUUUUACAGAUGCGUACUUGGUGGAGCAGAACCACGGCCCGCGCAAGAUCGGCAUCUGCAUCAUGGUUACCGUGGGUGAUAUCUGCUUUCUCAUCAUUCUGCGAUACGUAGCGGUGUGGGUGGGUGCCGAGGUACGAACGGCAAAGCGCGGCUACGCCAUGAUCCUCUGGUUUCUCUACAUCUUUGUGUUGGAGAUCAAGGUUUACUUCAUAUAUCAGAACUACAAGGCAGACAGGAAAAGUCUGGAUGCAUUAGCGCGUAAGGCGCUAACAUUAUUGCUAUCCAUAUGCAUUCCUGUACUGUUUGUUAUCCUGGUGGCUAUCGACCACAUGGAGUACGUACGAGCCUUCAAGAAGAGGGAGGAGAUCCGAAACCGUCUCUUCUGGGUGGUGGUGGACCUUCUAGAUGUUCUGGACAUACAGGCUAAUCUUUGGGAGCCACAGAAGAAAGGGCUCCCUCUAUGGGCAGAAGGUUUAAUGUUCUUCUACUGUUACAUCCUGCUUCUGGUGUUGCCGUGUGUGUCACUGAGCGAAAUCAGCAUGCAAGGGAUCAAUAUCGUUCCUCACAAGAUGAUGUUGUACCCCAUACUCAGCCUGGUCACCAUCAAUAUUGUCACGCUUUUCAUCCGUGGGGGAAACAUGCUCCUCUACAAAGAUGGCAGGGUAUCUGGGAUACUCAUGGGUAAAAAUGUGUUGGCCAUUAUUCUUAAGACUUGCAGCUUUGUGCAGUAUAGAAGACAGUUGCAAAACGCUCCCCCUGCGUUUGGGAUUGAGCUCCAGAAAAACUCAGUGCCCCCGAGUCGGCCGGUCACCACGUCACCGCAGGUGGUUAUGCAGGACCAGACGCCUCUGCCUGAGGUUACCACAUGUGAGCACACAUGA